AGUAAGAGGCUAAGCUACCAAUUCCCAUUGGGUAUUGUUGUUUGUUAAAAUUCAAAGUCCACACUUCAAUCUCUCACUUUGUUUUUUGAUUCUCAGCACAAACUGCAAACUAGAGAAUCCAAAUUGAAACCUUUUAAGUGAUUAUGGGUCAAGCUUUUGGGAAGCUGUUUGACACCUUGUUUGGCAACACUAAGAUACAGGUUGUGAUGGUUGGUCUUGACAAUGCUGGCAAAACAACUGUACUCUAUAAGCUUCAAAUUGGAAAAGUUGUAUCUACUAUUCCUACUGUUGGUUUCAAUGUGGAGAAAGUUCAGUAUAAGAAUGUUGAUUUUACAGUUUGGGAUGCUGGAGGGCAAGGACUAUAUAAAUUAAGGCCACUUUGGAAGCACUAUUUUAACAACAUUGACGGUCUUAUUUAUGUUGUUGAUAGCACGGACCGUGAGAGAAUAGAUCAAGCAAAGCAGGAAUUUGAGGCAACCAUAAAUGAUCCUUCUAUGCUUAAUACUAUCAUAUUGGUGUUUGCAAACAAACAAGACAAGAAAGGAGCGAUGACGCCAACGGAAAUAUGUGAAGGACUAGGUCUGUUUGAUCUAAGGAAUAGAAAAUGGCACAUAAAAGGAUCUUGUGCCCUUGAAGGAGAUGGCCUUUUUGAGGGACUGGACUGGUUGGCUUCAACUUUGAAGGAGAAAAAAGCUGCUGAAUACUCUUCAAUAUGAACCUCAUCCUUCUAAUUGUAAAGAUUUAAACUAUCUUGUUUUUCAUUUCUUUACAUAAUGUGUAUUAUUGUAUAUACUAUAGUUAUUUGGCACUUGUUAUUGACAAACUAA